AUGCAUGAAUGCCAUGUUUUCAAGUCCCAAUCAAGUCGAAGCGGCGACAGUGGCUAUGUCAGUACCCCCAUCGGACGUGUCUGUUACUCAUAUCACAGGUAUCUUGAAAGAAUCUUGAUUUCUUUGACCUGGGUUCCUAGACAGAAAAUGCCGUAUCAGCUGUGCAUGCAAAAAGACGCCUCCAAAAUUCGCACUCCGCUCAAUCCUAGGUGCUGA